CCAUGACCAUAGUCCAAACAGACUCCGCGGUAUCGCCCAAGGUCAAGGCCUUUCUCGAGAACUUCUUCCGCCUGUCCGACGAACCUUCUGCCCAUGAAGAAUACUCGCAGCAGUUCAUCGAUGGGCCAGGGCUUCAUUUCCAGAUCGGGCCCAUGAAGGCCGUCGACACUCGUAAAGACGUUCACGCUUGGCGAGUGAAGGCGUGGCAGCCGCCCAUCAUCUCGCGCAACCACCAGAUAGACGACGUCUUUGUCAAGGGCGACGAACAGCUGAUGCUGAGAGGGAGAGUAACGUAUGGCAAGGACGACGGGAGCGAAGGAAGUGCGACAUGCGGUGCUUGGAUGGUGUUUGCGCCUGGCGAGGAGCUCAAGAUCCAGUCGUACACGGUUUGGGUUACGCCCGAGCAGAAGUAGCGUUGCGAGAGUCGAUGUAGUUGGAGAGUUGUGGCGG